CCGUACACCAGCCAGGGUAUGAGCAGGCCAGGAAGCACUCCGACUGGGUGAAAUGUAUUGUCACCGGCAUAAACUUCAGGCUGAUGAACAACACUUCAUUCGCUAGCGGCUCAUCAACAAGAAACUUCCACUUUCAUAACUCACUCAGGAAAUUAAUCGCAUAUAUAUGCUGUCUUUAUUCGCUUCUAUCAGAUAAUGUACUUGGUCUACUGAUAUCCAGCCGAGCAUCAUUCUUGAUCUGAAGAACCUUGUUGCAAAAGCCCAGCAGGGAACUCUGAUCUCCAGUUAAGCCGAUAUCAGAAAGGAAGCCAAGAUGGUGGUCUGCAGCUUCUUCCAGCAAGGCCGGUGUAAAUUUGGAGAACGCUGCAAAUUCGAGCACCCGGGCCAAUCAAGUUUAGGCUCAGGGAACCGCUUUGGAGUCCUGUCUGGAGGAGGUGGAGGAGGAGGCUUCGGAGGUCGUAAUGCGCAACAGAACCAGCAGCCAGCAAACUAUGGUAUCACAACAGAUGAUAUCAAGGCCGACCUAACUGCCGGUAAGGGUCGUCCAGAAUGGGUCUUUUCUUGUUAUGGUCCUGGUAAAAACGCCCCAAAGCAAUUGUUUGGAGGUGUCCAGCGAGAGCAAUCUUUCGAAGAGUUGCGGCUGCGUCACUAUGAAGCUGCUGCAACAGGGAGUCUAGAGCAGGCAGUCCAAGAGGCUCAGGCUUUAUACGCUGAGGCAUUGAAACAGAUGGAUGUCAUAUUGAACGACCUUGGCGGUGCCGUGAAAUACAUCGUUGAUGGUAUCAACGAACACCCAAAUAGAAUUGAUAUCACAGAAGGCAAGACGGGCCCUGCGGCUAGUCAAGGUCCGUCUUCAUUCGGUCAACCCUCAGCAUUCGGUCAGCCAGCUGCAGGCGGUCAGACAUCGGGAAUUGGCCAACCGUCGGGAUUGGGGCAGAGCUCUGGUUUCGGACAACCAAGUGCUUUAGGCUCAGGAUCAGCCUUUGGUAAGCCCUCUGGGUUCGGUCAACCAUCGGCGUUAGGUCAGCCAUCGGCGUUAGGUCAGCCAUCGGGAUUUGGCCAACCAUCCACCUUGGGGCAGAGCUCUGGGUUUGGACAACCAAGUACAUUGGGUUCGGGAUCAGCCUUUGGUAAACCUUCGGGGCUAGCGGGUGGACAGCCUGCGUUUGGUAAACCAGCGUUUGGACAGCCCAGUUUAGGCCAGCCGAACUCAGGCCAGCCCGCUUUCGGCCAACCAUCGGCAUUUGGGCAGCCUUCAACAUUAGGAGGUUCAUCAUUCGGCACAUCCGCCAACGCAUCUCCUUUUGGCGCAAUAUCAAAUCAAAAUCAAAGCGCAGGUGUCGGUUUUGGUCAAGCCGCAUCAGCCGCGUCUCCAUUUGCACAGGCUGCUAGCCAACAGCCUGCAACAUCUUCUGGAUUUGGACAGCCAUCAACAACCCCAGCGACAACGGGCAGCUUCGGCCAGCCCACACAAACAUCAUCUCCAUUUGGCCAGCCCCAACCCCAGCCACAGUCAAACCCAUUUGGCCAGCCAUCCACCGCACCAAAUCCUUUCGGGGCUCCCAGUCAACCACAGCAGCAACAACAAUCACAGGUCACACCUUCACCCUUUGGCCAGCCAGCAUCCGGGUUCGCACAGCCCGCUCAACAACAACAACAACAACAACAACAACAACCCCCAAUACCUACCGCCACGGCAGGCACUGGUCCUCCUGCCAUCAUCAAGGUUGAGGAUGCGAACCAGCUCAGCCCCAUUCCACCCUUAGCUGGCCAGACGGUCCGAGACCCUAUGACCAAGAGACUGUCCACGUGGAAAGGACAACCAGUCAAGUAUAUUGACAACAACCCGUGUUAUCUGCAUCCUCAGGACCGCCAAACAUACGUUCGCAUCUUCUUCCCGGAUGGGCCUCCCGACCAGGCGAGCUUGAGAGAUGCAACAGGAAAACCGGAACAGUAUACCCCCGAGGUUACGGAACAGUAUGAGUUCUUUGUGAAAAACGGAUACUUCAAGGAUGGCAUUAUUCCCAGCGUGCCACCUAAGACGGAAUGGGUGAGCUUCGACUUUUAGGGCCUGGAGAACAUCGAGGAUACCAUGGUUUUUUAUUUUUCGAUAUGCACUUCAUGAACCUUGUAGUAUAUAGUUACUUCUUUUUUUUUAAUAUGACGAUCACAUGGAAGACAGGGCGCCUUCAGCCAGCCAACCGGUGAGCUGGAUUGCCAAGCAACACCAAACUACAAAU